CUUUUUAUAUUUUGUCUGUGGUAACCGGCAUAUCGGAAUAUUGUUGUGUACGCAAAAUUAAUUUAUUUCUGCAACUAUUUAAAAUAAUGUAAUAUAAAUAAUGUCAAACAUUUCGGAAUAUAAACAUUUUUUUCCUAUAGACAGUAUUAGAAAAGUUUGUACUAUUUUUGAGGAACAACUGCGCAGUGAAAAAGAACCGGACCUUGCCUUGUUUUCCAUAAUAGUUGGAGCGGUGGAAAACAACUUAACAAACGUGAAAAAUAGCGAAAAAGAUGUUAAUUUGGCGACUAAUAAGUUCAUUAAAAUGAAAUUCCCUUCCAUAGAAUGGGAGGAAGUGAAAUCUCUCUACGAGCGUUUUGUAUCUUUGAUGAGAGCAGGUGUUGACGCCAAGUUACUUAACGGGGAAUUUGCAACUCGUGACUUAGUUAAGCGAGUAGCAGAUGUCGUGUGGAAUUCUUUGACUCGAAGUUAUUACAAGGACCGGGCCCAUCUUCAAUCAGUUUACAGUUUUUUGACUGGAAAUAAACUCGAUUGCUUUGGUGUUGCAUUUGCAGUAACGGCGGGAUGUCAAGUUUUAAGUAAAAGGGAUGUACAUCUCGCACUAUCAGAAGAUCACGCUUGGGUCGUUUUUGGAAAAGAUGGGACAGAUACGGCCGAGGUCACAUGGCAUGGCAAAGGUAAUGAAGACAAAAGAGGCCGGUCAGUGGGUGAUGGUGUCUCAGCUCGCUCAUGGUUAUAUGUAGCCGGAAAACCUGUUGUGUGUACCCGUAUGAUGGAACUGGCCGCAUUAGUCUCAUCAAUUAAUCCAACUUUAACACCAACAAUUGAUGUCCAUGAAGUGGCCCAAAUGCAACAUAGACUUCUAUGGCUCUUAUAUGAUAGUGGUCAUUUAGAUGCAUAUCCAAUGGCUUUGGGAAAUUUGGGUGACUUGGAUGAAUACAUGAGAAUAUCAAAUUGUUCUGAAAGUACAGAAGACACAUUGAUAUUGGAAGAAAAUGGUAGUAAGCCUUUAAGGCCGGACUCAGCGGCUCUUUAUGUUCAAGCCAUCAGAUCUGCAAGAACAUAUUAUGACGACAGACAUGUAUAUCCUUACACAUUCCAAGGCGGCUAUUAUCAUCGACAUAAGAUGUACAAGGAAGCUUUUAAUGCAUGGGCUUGUGCUGGUGAUGUUAUAAGACAUUAUAAUUAUUCACGUGAUGACGAGGAAAUAUACAAAGAAUUUGCAGAGAUCGCAAAUGAAUUAAUUCCGCAACUUAUGAAAGCUGAAAGUUCGGGACAUUCAGCAAGGUCUAUUUUAAAAGAUCCUGAAUGCUUUGCAUCUUUACUACGGUUUUACGAUGGCAUUUGCAAGUGGGAGGAAGGCAGCCAAACUCCUAUUUUACAUAUAGGAUGGGCAAAGCCCCUUGUUAGCACUAUAUCUAAAUUUGAUGCUGAAGUAAGGGCACAAGUACAUAUUAUAUGCAGUCCGGAUAAUGAAGAGCCAGAAACAUCUGAGGAAAAAAAGGAAACAGAUACUGAAGACACACAUGUGCAGAAAAAUAAUGAUCAAUGGAAUAAUAAUUCGGAUAACACAGAAAUGAGUGUUCGGGAACAGUUAACGGCCGCUGUUAACAGUAGACCUCGUGUGACAUUGUACAGCCACAAAAUGGCAGCACUGAAGCCAUUACUGCUGGCAGAGAGAUUAAAUACGCACGCCUUACAGCUUCAACUCACCGCUCAAAGUCAACUGCAGCGGCCCCAGGCACCAACUAAGCGAAGAGAUGAUGAUGACCAUACACCUGUUCCAACUGCAAGAGCUAAAAGGGCACGUCGAGAACGUUAAUAUAUAUAUUUUUUAUACAGUUUAAGAAGCAUAAUUCAUCCUCGGCCCAAAUAAGAAGAGGCCUUUAUAUUUGUUGAUUUAAUAAAUAAUCAUUUUAUCAUGUUUGUAAAAGAACUACAGAAAUAAUAUUUUGCUAAUUAUUUAGCAACUUAUUAUGGUUUCUAGUGACAGUGCCUUAGAAUUUACUGUCAUUUUUUCAAAGAAGUUCUUAAAUUAAUGUUUUAGAAUGACUCAUGCAGAGGAAGUGGUGGCAAGAAAGAAUUAAUACGAGAGAAUAUGUUGUAUUUUGUUCUAUUGUAUGUUUGUUGAAUGGAUAUAGGUUGGAGAUGAUUUCUAUUGGUUUUUCUUUGAAAUAAGUCAUAUGAAUCUAAUUAAUCUGAAUAAAUCUUAACAUCAGCUUUCUAUAAAACCAUUGUGGCCAGUGCUGGACACAGGCCUCUCUUACUUUAAGCUUAGUUGAUGGCCUUAAAGUUUGAUGAUAUAUUGCUGUAGUUAGUCAUACAAAAAAGCC